AGCGCACUAUAAAGCAGGAGUCCAUUCUCUGUUUUGGGGACACUAAGAGAGUAAACUCGGACAAUAGCUCGACUGAUCAAUAUAUUUUACCAUUUUGAAACGUGCCUCUGGGAUCAGAGCAUUGUUCUUCUUUGACCGUUUCACUAAGGUUGUGUUGAAGCCAGAAAAAAGAGUUGUCAUUAUGGUGCUAAUGAUACUGCCAUUCAUUGGAUCACUGUCGGUAUCUGAGAGUUUGGUGGCCAUGACAACAGUGUGUCUGGUCUACCUGCUUCUCAAGUAUUUCCACACUGAUAUUCCUGAGGGGCUUCGUCGGCUCCCGGGCCCAAAGCCUUUGCCUAUAAUUGGGAAUGUGCUGGAAAUGGGCAGCAGACCUUACCUGAGUCUCACUGCCAUGAGCAAGAGAUACGGUGAUGUCUUCCAGAUCCAGAUUGGCAUGCGUCCCGUGGUUGUGCUGAGUGGCAACGAAACUGUUCGACAGGCUCUUAUCAAACAGGGGGAUGAGUUUGCAGGCAGACCUGACCUGUACAGCUUCCGCUUCAUCAACAAUGGCAAGAGUCUGGCCUUCAGCACCGACAAGGCUGGUGUCUGGCGUGCCCGCAGAAAGCUGGCCUACAGUGCCCUGCGGUCCUUCUCCACCUUAGAGGGCACAACCCCAGAGUACUCCUGCGUUCUGGAAGAACACAUCUGCAAAGAGGGAGAGUGUCUGAUCAAACAGCUCAACACCGUCAUGAAGGUUGACGGCAGCUUUGACCCAUUCCGCUACAUCGUUGUCUCCGUGGCCAAUGUGAUCUGUGGGAUGUGCUUUGGGCGACGCUAUGACCACAAUGACCAGGAGCUGCUCAGCCUUGUGAACCUCAGUGAUGAGUUUGGCCAGGUGGUGGGCAGUGGGAACCCUGCAGACUUCAUCCCUGUUCUUCAAUACCUGCCCAGCACAACAAUGAAGAAGUUUGUGGACAUCAAUAACCGCUUCACCACGUUUGUGCAAAAGAUCGUCAGCGAGCACUACGCCACCUAUGACAAGGACAACAUCCGUGACAUCACCGACUCCCUCAUUGAUCACUGUGAAGACAGAAAGCUGGAUGAGAACUCCAAUGUCCAGAUGUCAGAUGAGCAGAUUGUAGGAAUUGUCAAUGACCUGUUUGGAGCUGGUUUUGACACCAUCUCCACUGCCUUGUCGUGGUCAGUGAUGUACUUGGUGGCUUACCCAGAGAUGCAGGAAAGGCUUUAUCAAGAACUGAAGGACAAAGUCGGUCUGGACCGCACUCCUCUCCUCUCUGAUAGAUCCAACUUACCUUUCCUGGAGGCCUUCAUUCUGGAGAUCUUGCGCCACUCUUCAUUCCUGCCCUUCACCAUCCCACACUGCUCUUCAAAAGACACAUCACUGAAUGGCUACUUCAUUCCCAAAGACACGUGUGUCUUCAUCAAUCAGUGGCAGAUCAACCAUGAUCCUGAGCUGUGGAAAGAUCCAUCUUCCUUUAACCCAGACCGCUUCCUGAGCCCUGAUGGCACUGAGCUCAACAAGCUGGAAGGGGAGAAGGUGAUGGCUUUUGGCAUGGGAAAGCGGCGCUGUAUCGGCGAGGUCAUUGCACGAAAUGAAGUCUUCCUCUUCUUGGCAAUCAUUAUCCAGAAGCUGCACUUCCAUAAGAUGCCUGGAGAGCCGCUGGACAUGACACCUGAAUAUGGCCUAACAAUGAAGCACAAACGCUGCCACCUGAGAGCCACGAUGCGAGCAAGGGAUGAGCAGUGAAGUUACUAACAAUGUACAAUGUAUGACUCAAGAGAUAGUUGAAUUUAGCACUGUAAGGGUCACAGUCAGGUUAGGAGCCAGUGGAAGAAGCAUCUUUCUCAGAAUGUAAGGCACUGGAUGCUGAAAUUGAUCUACAGAGCUAAUGGCAUUGAAGCAAAUAACUGAAAUUUGCUUGUUGCAGAUUGUCAGAGAUGUUUGAGAUAGGUUUGUAUGAACAUUUCUCUGUCAUGUUUUGGGUUCUCUAAGAGAUAUUCCUGCACAUGGUUGUUGCUUCUCUGUGAAGUAUAAGGAGACACUUGGUUCUCCUGUAAUGUUGUCCAGUAAUCUAAACUGCUCCCAUUCAGAAGUUGUAAAACACCCAGAAACUAAGAUGCCUUAUUUAACUUUGGGACCAACUGUAUGUUUUACUGAAUAGGUAUUGCUAUGUUGGCUAUUGCAACCUAUUUUUUUUCUGUGACACAGAACAGACAUUACCAUAUGAUACAGUUUUUACUUGUAAGCUAACAUGUUAUUCCAUUAUGAUGUGGAUGUAAGACACUGAAGAUAUAUUUUUAUCCCAAAAUGUGAUUUUGUGUGUAUAUCAAGUUCUUUUUAUUUUAUAAAGUAAUUUUUAUGUGCCUAGCAUUUGUAUAUAUUUGAGGUUUUGCUGUGCAUCUAUAUGAUUUACAAGGACACCAAAAGAGUUCCAGUGAUUUUUGGAAUAUAUUAGUAAGCUAUACAGUUUUGUAUUUCUAUUUCUAAUGUAUCAAUGAUUGUAUAACAUGUAAGGGCAUGUGAUUGGGGCAUUCUUUCAUCAGCCACACAAAUAAAAUAAAUGUUUUAAAGAUCA